UGUGUAUAUUAUAUAUAUAUAUAUGAUAAGUCAGGGGUCUGGGGACGAUGGGACGAGCGACGAUGACGUCGGGUGGGCGAGUUUUCGUUUCCGCGACGUAGGGGCCAUGAACGUAUGGACGCUCGAGUACGUGUACGUCCACGCUUUAUCUGCGCGCAAGUGUUUGGUGCCGUGACCCGCGGCGCCCUGGAGUAGGUCGCCAGGGUUGGUGUGCAAGAGGAUCUCAAAUGCCCUGUCAAAGACAGCAUCGAGCCCCGCCGCCGACACCGCGCCUUCGAGAUCGUCGGCGCUGGACACGAGCGACUGGUCGACUGCGAUGUCGACCAGUUUGUUCAUGACUGUGCGGGCGCGGGACAGCUGCUUGCGGCUCGUCGUGUCCUUAGCGAACCGCUCGAUGUCCCAGCUCGAGAGGUGGCGAAACGGACCGAUGCCCACGGCCGAGUCGCCGAGAAACCAGAGCUGCCACAUGGCUCGGCAGGUGGUGGAUGGGAACUCCCAUGCCUCUGGGGCGUGGCGUCUCGUGCCGUCGGACCAGUGGAAAAUUGGCAGAGGGGGCGACAAGUGCGCAUUUGGGGGGUGCCAGGAGGACCUGCGCGGGGCGUUCGGCAUGGAGAUGGCGUGGGUUGAGGGCGAUGACGCGCGAGGAAGAAGGGUCGUUGAUGGGAUUGGACAUAUAAAGCUGUGGGAUGGCUGCUGGCUUGAUGGGCGGGGCGGAGACGGUGGUGGAGACUGCUUUACGCGACAGUGUUGUUCGUGGAGCUCGUCGUCGAUGGAAGCGUUGAGCGUGAAUUGAACACUGGACGCGACGCGAGGUUGAUCGUAGCAUGUUUGAGGUGGAGUACAGUACGAAGACGAUGCAAGGGGAGACGGAAUGUGGUAGGUCAUGGGUGGCUGAGGGGAUAGAGACGGCGUCGAAUCGACAGGAGAUGUCGGAAGGGAAACGUUCGCAGACGACAUGAGAUUGGCAAUGCUGGCCUUGUGGAAACUGGACGUGCGGUGGAGUGGAGGAGGUGACGACGGCUGCACGAUUGACCGGACGACAACCACAGGUUCACUUGGCAGAGGUGAAAUAGACGGACGCGAGAGGUUCGAGCUGUCAGGGACUGUGAUGGCAUCUGCAA